GGUUACGUAAAUGAAAUAAGAAGUAGCUAUUGAUUCAUAUCUAAGAUAGAUCAGCCUCGCCCUGAGUGGCGGAAGUAAGGGCAAUAUGAACCGAGCGUCAGGCGUGGCGAGUCAGCUGUUUCUUGACGCAAAAUUGCGUUAAUAAAAGCAGGCCUACUCGAACGCCAUCAUCGUAGAACUGUAAACCUUUUACAGAAAAUUGGCCCUGCUGGUUCGAUCACUGCCCGCACCAGCAUUGGAUCUGUCAGAAUCCUCCUGAUUAAUUUCAGACUUAGUCACUAACAUACCGAUGCCAUGGCUCCAAUCCGGCUAGGAAUCAUCGGCCUGUCCGCUAACCUCGGCAGCUGGGCCGCCGCAGCCCACCUACCCUACCUCCUCUCCCCUCACGGCAGGGCUCACUACAAGAUUGUCGCCCUUUGCAACUCGAGCGUAGAGUCAGCACAUUCGACGAUCAAGACAUUUGGCCUGCCCUCGGACACUCGAGCAUACGGCGAUCCCAGCGACCUGGCUCAGGAUGCCAAUAUCGACUUGGUAGUAUGUAGCACUCGUGUUGACCGCCAUUACGAGACUAUCAAGCCCAGCAUGUCUGCCGGCAAAGCGGUAUUUGUAGAGUGGCCACUCGCUUCAAAUAUCUCGCAGGUACGGGAGCUUGCCAGCCUGGCCAGGAUGCAGAAUAUUAAAUGCGUGGUCGGACUGCAGGGUCCUGCCACUGCCCCUAUUAACGGGGUGCGCAAAUUGUUAGAAGAUGGCCUCAUCGGCAAGGUCCUCAGCUCGGGCGUGAAGUCAUGGGGAGGCACGGGCAACCAUAAUUCCGUUCCAGAAUCUUUGAGGUACUUUACUCAGAUAGCCAUGGGAGGGAAUGCGAUCACCAUCGGAUUCGGCCACUUGUGGGAGUUCCUGCAAUAUGCGCUCGGGGACACCUAUGAUAUCCGCAGUAGGCUACAGCUACAGCGGCCCAAAGUUGGACUUACUUCGAAGACGGGUGUCAUCGUUGGGACUGUCGAGUCUGAUGUACCAGAUCUUGUCUCCGUAAAUGCCCUACUGAGACCUUCCCAAUACAUUGAGAAUGGCGCAACAGUUUUCCUCACUUUCCACCGAGGCCCUCCAUUUCCUGGCGAACCUAAUCUCACAUGGACUAUUUCAGGAGAAAAAGGUGAGCUCAAGUUCACUGCCGAUGGAGGAACAACCCCUCGAACUAUGGCUUCGGGGGCUAUCAAGAUCGAGCUGCAUGACUUCUCCACUGGCAUGGUUCGUGACAUUCCCUGGGCCUGGGAACCCUGGCGCCAGGAACUCCCAAUUGCGGCUCGGGGCGUUGCCGGGGUAUAUGAAGCGUACGCCCGGGGUGACCACACGGCAUAUUGCGACUUUGAACAUGGUUUAAAGCGUCAUGAGCAAUUAGAGAAUAUACUAUCUAGGCGCGAUUACUAAUAAAAAUACAACUUCGACUAAUAAUAAGUAUUAAUCUAUAUUCCUCGG